UAGGGGUGGCAGAGAUGAUUGGUAAACAGAGAAGAGGGAGAGCUUCUCUCAUCCUCUACUGUAUGUGAUCACUGCUCUGCUGCAAUACUCCACCAUGCCAUUUCUCUGUUGUGUUUCAAUCCCUCCCUCUCUCCUCCGAUCCAGCUCUCUGUAAGCAGUAAUCUCCACACGCUCCUGCUGCCUCACAGCUCUCUGCACUGCCACAGCACAUCUCUCUCUCCCCUCAGCUCCGCUCUCUCCCCAGUGAGGAUGACAUCCACGAAUUUGAUGAACCAGCGAAGCUCGCAUUCUGGCUGGUGGCUUCUGAGGGAGACCCCCCAUGAACGGUCUUACUGGACAAGGUGGUGCCGCAUCUAAGGAUCUUCAACAGCUGUACCAGUCUUUGGAUUAGUGCCUACAUCCACCAGCUCUCUGGCUACAACCGCCUCCUUUGAAAAACUGCAUUAGCAACUCCCAGAACUGCCGAACACAUGUCACAGGUUGAGCAGGAAAUCUCUCUCGUCCAGAGGAAGAUGUCUGACCUCGAGUCAGUGUUGCAGCAGAAGGAUAUAGAGCUGAAGGCCUCAGAGACCCAGAGGACCAUCUUGGAACAGGACUUGGCAACCUAUAUCACGGAAUGUAGUAGUCUAAAGCGUAGCUUGGAGCAGGCUCGAAUGGAAGUUUCACAGGAGGAUGAUAAGGCACUACAGCUCCUACAUGACAUCCGGGAGCAGAGCAACAAGCUACAAGAGAUUAAAGAGCAGGAGUACCAUGCCCAGUUGGAGGAGAUGAGGGUUUCCAUCAGACAAUUGGAGGAGGACCUGUCUGCUGCUCGGCGCCGUAGUGAUCUGUAUGAGGCUGAGCUGAAAGAAUCUCGCCAUGCCAGUGAGGAACUGAAGAGAAAGGCUGCUGACUACCAGCACAGGAUACUGAAGGCAAAAGAGCAAGGCAAAUCAGAAGCAGAGGACCAGAUGGCCAAGUUGGAGAAGAGCAAUGCUGAGCAGCAGAUGAAGAUUCAAGAUCUUCAAGAGAAGCUUGCCAAGUCAUUGAAGGCCAGUGCUGAAGCUACAGACCUCCUCCAGACUGUGAAACUGGCCAAAGAGCGCUUGGAGCGAGACUUGGAGAGACUUCAAAACAAGGAAGACUCAAGUGACAGCCUGCGUCGACGCCUUCGUGAGACUGAGGAUGGCAGGAAAACUCUCGAGAACCAGGUGAAAAGGCUGGAGAUUGUGGAGCGCCGAGAGACGAAAAUGAAGGAUGAGAUCCAAAGCAAAGCCCAGCAGAUUCAGCAGAUGUCGGAUAAGAUCCUGGAAUUGGAGGAGAAUCUAAGAGAGACUCAUGCUACAGCCCAGCGGUUGGAGACGCAUCUGAAACAGAAGGAAAAGCUCUAUGAAGACAAGAUAAAGGUGUUGGAGGCCCAGAUGAAGGCGGAUAUGGCUGAUAAGGAGAUGCUGGAGUCCAGUCAGAGCAAGUACGAGGAGGAGGUGCGGGAGAAAUGCGGCAUCAUCAGUGAACAGAAGGCGACAAUUAAUGCUAUGGAAUCUAAGAUGAACAGCCUGGAGCAAAGAAUUUCUGAGCUGUCUGAAGCCAAUAAACUUGCAGCCAAUAGCAGUAUCUACACCCAGAAAAAUAUAUCUGGCAGGAAAGCCCAGGAGGAGAUGAUCUCAGAGCUUCGCCAGCAGAAGUUCUACUUGGAGUCUCAGGCAGGAAAGUUGGAGGCCCAGAAUGCCAAACUGGAGGAGCAUCUCGAAAAAAUGAGUCAGCAGGAGCAAAGCAAUAAGAGUCGUGUGGUAGAGCUGGAAACAAGACUGCGAGAGAUUGGGCUGGAGCAUGAGGAACAGAAGCUGGAGAUCAAGCGUCAGGUGACAGAGCUGACCCUUUCACUUCAAGAGCGUGAAUCACAGAUCAGCAACCUGCAGGCAGCUCGCCAUGCUCUGGAGAGCCAACUACAGCAAGCCAAGACUGAGCUUGAGGAGACCACUGCUGAGGCUGAGGAGGAGAUCACCGUGCUUAGAGCACACAGAGAUGAAAUCCAACGCAAGUUUGAUGCCCUGAGAGACAGCUGUGCGGUGAUCACAGAUCUUGAGGAGCAGCUGACCUCACUGACUCAGGAGAAUGCCGAGCUGAACCGCCAGAACUUCUACCUAUCCAAACAGCUGGAUGAAGCCUCUGAUGAGAGAGAAGACCGUCUGCACCUCAGUCAGGAUGUGGACAGGUUGCGUCGUGAGGUGGCAGACCGUGAAAUGCAGCUUAACAACCAAAAACAGAACCUUGAGACACUGAAGACAACAUGCACUAUGCUGGAGGAGCAGGUUCUGGAGCUUGAGACCCUUAAUGAUGAGCUGCUUGAAAAGGAGAGACAGUGGGACGCCUGGAGGGCAACACUGGAGGACGAGAAGAACCAGGCUGAGAGGAGGACCAGGGAGAUCCAGAGGCUGCUUGACAAUGAGAAACAGAACAGGCUUCGUUCAGAGCAGCGCUGCUCUGAGUCCCGCCAGGCAGUGGAGCAAGCUGUUAAAGAGCACAAAGCUGAGAUCCUUGCUCUGCAGCAAGCCCUCAAAGACCAAAAACUCAAAGCUGAGAGCCUUGCUGAUACUUUGAAUGAUCUGGAGAAAAAGCAUGCCAUGUUGGAGAUGAACGCCCGCAGUUUGCAGCAAAAGCUUGAGAGCGAGAGAGAUCUGAAGCAGAGGUUGCUGGAAGAGCAAGAAAAACUGCAGCAGCAGAUGGAUGCCCAGAAGACCCACAUCUUCCGUCUGACCCAGGGGCUGCAAGACGCUCUUGACCAGACAGACCUGCUGAAGACUGAGAGGACUGACCUGGAGUACCAGCUGGAGAACAUCCAGCUCCACCUGCAGGCUGUGUACUCUCAUGAGAAGGUGAAAAUGGAGGGGACCAUCACCCAGCAGACAAAGCUCAUAGAUUUCCUUCAGGCCCAGGCCCACGGUGGCUCCAAGAAGAAGAAGGGUCUGUUUGGGCGACGACGAGAGGAUCUGUUGGCUGCCAUGGCUGCUCAGGCUCAGAGUCAGAGUCAGGGCCCAGUUUCUCCUGUUCCCCCCAUCCAGCCAGUGCCUCUGCAGUACAGCGACAUGAAGGCAGCUCUGGAUAAAGAACGUUCACGCUGCUCUGAGCUGGAAGAUGCUCUACAGAAAAUGAGAGCAGAGCUGAGGUCACUAAGAGAGGAAGCGCUCCAGUAUAAAGACUCAACCAAUCCAGCCACAGUUCGGCAGCAGAUGUCUAUGUCUGCCAUGGUCAAGUCUCCUGAGCACCAGCAGGGCCCCACCAGUCUUGCACCCUCAAACUCUGGGCGCAGGAAGGAGACUGCAACACCGGAGGAGAGAAGGAGGGUCACUUUUGAAAAGUAUAGCCGUCGUUUGAAGGACAGUCAGAGAGACAGAGGGAGGGAGAGAGAGAGGGUGGUGCACCACAACACUGCUCACCGCUUCACAGUGGGACUCAACAUGAGAGCUGCCAAGUGUACUGUGUGCCUGGAUACUGUGCACUUUGGUCGCCAAGCUGCUACCUGUCUCGAAUGUCACGCUUUGUGCCACCCAAAAUGCUCCCCCUGCCUUCCAGCCACGUGUGGCAUGUCCAGUGACUGCUCCCUGCAUCUGUCUGAUGGCCUGUGUCGGGACAAAGGUAGCUCCCCAGCCCAGCAGCUUAAAGAGGCCAGUGGGCACAUGCACCUGGAAGGCUGGAUGAAACAGCCCAGGAAUGGGAAGCGAGGCCAGGGCUGGGAGAGAAAAUACGUGGUUCUGGAUGGAACUAAAGUGUCCGUAUAUGAGAUAGAGCCCAGAGAAGAUUCAGUAAAGCCACUGGAGGAGUUUGACUUGUGUUUAUCAGAUGGAGAGGUGCUUGUUCAUGGAGCAGUAGGGGCCUCUGAGUUACCCAACACUGCCAAGUCAGAUGUUCCCUAUGUACUAAAGCUGGAGUCCCGUUGUCACACCCCGUGCUGGCCUGGGCCGGCAAUUUACUUCAUGGCUCCCAGCUUCCCAGACAAACAGCGCUGGGUGGCUGUCAUGGAGUCUGUUGUUGCUGCCGGGCGAGCCUCACGUGAGAAAGCCGAGGCCGACGCAGCUGCUGUGUCCAAAAGACAAAUGGUUCUGUCUCCUCUGGUCCAGAAGCUGCUGGGAAACUCUCUCCUAAAGCUGGAGGGAGAUGAUAGGCUGGACAUAAACUGCACCCUUCCCCUCACUGAUCAGAUAGUUCUGGUGGGCUCUGAAGAAGGUCUUUAUGCCCUGAAUGUUAUCAAGAACUCUCUGACUCACAUCCCUGGCCUGGGGUCAGUUUUUCAGAUCCACAUCAUCAAAGAGCAGGAGAAACUACUGAUGAUCGUUGGAGACGAGAGGGCUUUGUGCCUGGUGGAGAUUAAGAGAGUUAAGCAGUCCCUUGCACAGUCCCACCUACCCAGCCAGUCUGAGCUGGCCCCAUACAUCUUUGAGACUGUGAAGGGCUGCCAUUUGUUUUCUGCAGGGAGAAUAGAUAAUGGGCCUUGUAUAUGUGCUGCAAUGCCAAACAAGAUAACCAUUCUACGCUACAAUGAUAAUCUCAACAAGUACUGUAUUCGUAAGGAAAUUGAAACUCUGGAGCCGUGUAGCUGCAUCCACCUGACCAGCUACAGCAUCAUCAUUGGCACCAACAAGUUCUAUGAGAUUGAGAUGAAGCAGUUUGUGCUUGAAGAGUUCCUAGACAAGAACGACAUGUCCCUUGCCUCAGCGGUGUUUGCAGCCUCGUCCCACAGUUUUCCCAUCGCCAUCAUGCAGGUGGCCAGCAGCAUGCAGAAGGAGGAGUACCUGCUCUGCUUUCAUGAGUUUGGAGUGUUUGUGGACAUGUAUGGCCGAAGAAGCCGCACUGACGACAUCAAAUGGAGCCGUCUGCCUCUCUCCUUUGCCUACAGAGAACCCUACCUGUUUGUCACCUACUUCAACUCACUGGAUGUCAUUGAGGUUCAGGGGCAUGCUUCUCUCUGUCCAACAGUCCUGGCCCACUUGGACAUCCCCAACCCUCGCUACCUGGGCCCAGCCAUCUCCUCCGGGGCCAUUUACUUGGCCUCCUCCUACCAGAACAAACUGCGGGUCAUCUGCUGUAAGGGGAGUCUGAUUAGAGAGUCUAGAGAGCUACAGAGGACCGGCUCCAGCAGAGGUAGUCCCAGUAAGCGAGGCCCGCCAACGUACUCAGAGCACAUCACCAAGCGUUUGACCUCGGGCCCUGGCAGCCAUGACGGCCUCCACCGAGAGCCUAGCACUCCACACCGUUACCGUGAGGGCCGCACCGAGUUUAGACGGGACAAAUCUCCUGCCCGACCGCUGGACAGGGAGAAGUCCCCGGGCAGAGUGCUUGACAGUCGAAGGGAGAGGUCUCCGGGGAGAUUUGGGGAUAGCACCCGACUCCAUGCAGGGUCUGUCCGAACACAGCUCGCCCCUGUUAACAAGGUGUGGGAUCAGUCAUCAGUGUGAGUCCAGGUCGUUCAGGACAUGAGGUUGAAGAGAACCUUUGGAAAUCCUCGAUCCACUCUGAGUGCAAGCACACACACUUCCACACAGGCACACACACCACCAUCACUCAGGCUGUUGGCCACAUCGCCUGUACAUAGAGCAAUUUGAGUUUGUUUCACCCAUAAACUUGCACUGGGAGACAUCUCCUGUGACAAUCCUAUUUUCUGACUUGUGCUUUCUUGGGAGAGAUCCCACGGUAGAUUUGUUGGCAGGGAACCUUUGCUGAUCUACUGAUCGAUAGAAUCUACUUUAUAAGAUAUAAACAAAGUUGUAUAUAUUGCUGUGUGAGUUUUUAUAGAUAAUGGGAAUAGUCGGCUGGUGAAGCCAUGUCUAUUUUUUUUAAAAAGAGUUUCUAAAGAUGUUGCAGGGAGAUUCUUGACAUAGUUGGUUCGGAGUAUAUCACUGGAAUCUAAUGGAAUCACGUAAGGUGCAGGGAAUCAAACUGAUGUUUAAGUAAUCAAAGGAGUUCUGAUGAGAAAGAUGUCUAUGGCGGCAACACUUUGCACAUGAGAUUGGAUUUGAACAGGAGUAAAAACAUGAUCUUGUUAUACAACCAGUCUUCUUGCUUUGGAUCAAAUCUGUGGUCCUCUUGACUAUAAAGCCUUUGAUAUAUAAUUGCAUAUGAUUGCUUUAUUGAAAGUUGUCGCCCAGCCAUAGUUUGUAAAACAAUUAUUAAGCAAUGUUUAGCUCCAAGUGUUCCUUGUGUUGUUUUAAGCAAAUUUAAGAUCAAGAGACUUGCAGCUCUGCCUCUGAUGCUGGACGUUGUGCAGUCAGGCUGGCUGAUGCCGCUUCAACUUCCUCCAAGUCCGCCACUGCUGCUAGUUAUGGUACAGAUGUCCUGUUUCUGUGCGGUGAUUAUGAAGUCUAGUAGUUGUCAGGGGUUGUUACUUUCUAGUAUUGUUUCUUUAGAGCCAGUAAGAUCACCUCCAUUCGUCACAUCAGUGAGCAUGACUAACUAAGAGCAGCACUUGUCGCUUUUUGAUCUUGAUUCUCUCUAUUGGUUGUUUUUUUCUGUCAUAUAUUCACUUGAAUUUGCUUACAAUAAGUAGACAUUGAUGUAAGACAGUGAUUUAAGAUUUUCUUGAUUUUUAGAGCUGUAUAACAGUACAUGCAUUAAACAUGAUUGAAGUGUCUGGCUGUUUUCUUCUUUCUGCAUCCCAGGUCAAUCAGUGAGAGCAGGUGCUGCUAGCAGACAACACAGAAGGUUUAGCUAGUUUAUUUCUUUAAUUCUACAACAUUGUAAUGCUCUUUUAAAGUAAAUCCAACAAAAAAUAUUCAGACUGAACAAGGAGCACUUGUUGUUACAGGAAAUUGCUAUGUACAGCUACACACUCUUCUGACAGACAUAAGAGGGGUCAAAGUGCUUAUCAAACAGAAAGGAAAAAAAGGAGGAAAUCAAACAAAAGCAUGAGUGAUCCCUUUGUGAGAGACCCGUAAUAAAUCUGCUUGGCACCAGUCUCCACCAAGAGACACAUUCAUACACUCUUUCUCUCAUACACAACUUAACAGCUCAAUGCAUUCACACAAACACAUGCAUGUCGAGUGAUUACUGGGCCGCUGCAGUGACACCUCUGAUGGCAAGCAUCAGUGUGAGUGAAGACAAAUGAAGACCAAGGGAUCUCCUUAGUAAGGGCCAAAAAAAAAAAAAAAAAAACAAAGCAAGGGAUCAUCCUGGCAAAAUGUGUUAGUUACCUAUUCACCAUGUUACCCCACCCUUACACAAGCAUAAUGCUCAUUACAAUACUGAAUAGCACAGCACACUUUCAGCUUUAUUGUGAUGCACUCAGUGGCAGUGUCUACUUCAUGUGCAAAAAUUAGCCAGUUUUAUUAUUUUUGACAAUUCACAUUCAUGGAUUGGUGAACAAGACAAGCUCGAUGGCCUGCAUGCCUGUGAUGGUGGAAAAAAAGGGAAAAAGCUCAUGCUGCCUGCUGUCAGUGUUUCUAAGUUCUAAGACAUCUCUCUUUUGUAAAUUGAUCUGAUCUGUAUCAAGAGAAAAAUGAACAGUUGGCAAAUAUUGUCUUUUAACACUUGGUUAUAGACAUUUGGGAGCAGUAUGAAGCCUUGGAAUGGAUAAUCUGUUAAUUUAGGAGUGCUGAAUUAGGAUUACAGGUCAGAAGAGCAUUAGAAAAAUACAGAGCAUUCAUAAAGUGUUUAGACCCCCUCACUUUUUUCAGUUUUGUUAUGUUGCAUCCUGACGCUGCUAUAGAAAAAUCCUUUUUAUUCACAUUAAGCUACACUAAAAAUCUAUUAAAAAUAAAAACCUGAAAUAUCACAUUGAUACUCAGGCCUUUUGCAAAAAUGCUUUAAAUUUAGCUCAGGUUCCUACACCUUGCUUGGAGCC